AAAUUUGCCAUCAGAUUUCAGGAUUUCACUCAUUAAUGGAUCCUUCUACGCCUCCAUAUCAUCGUUCCGACAAGUCUCGAAACAAAUCCUCCUCCCGCUUGGCCCGGAUUGGGGAUAAAGCACACCAAGAGUCCCUUCGCAUUUCGCUUGACCUCGUUUCAUCUCCCACCAAAUCCCUAUCACCUUCUGCCUUGUCUCUCAAAUCUCCUCCCUCACUUCCCAUCAGAGACCUCCUCCUUCUUUCACCUUCGCCUCGCAGGAGGUCUAAGACCCGCCUCACGGAUCGGCUUGAAAUGGCGGAAGAAUUCGUGGAGCCUGUUGGCUUACAUCGGCGAUGCAAAGGUAGAGGAGCCCAAAUGGGUACGCUAGCAUCCCCGAGGAAUUCUCGAAGGUCAAGGAGGCGAUCGGAGCUUGAGAUUCGAGAAGAGAGAGAUACGGGGUUGGCAGAUGAGAAUGCCAAGCCUAGGAAAAGAAAGAACAGCGGGCGAUCUAAGAAGGAGAAACUGAGUUUGGUUCCCUAUGUCCCUGCUUCAAGUUCAUCUCCAAAGGCUGAUGAAGAAAAUGGAGGUAAUCUAGAUCGUAUUGGACAGCUCAUAACUGAUUUGAUUAUGUGGAAAGAUACAUCAAAAUCAACCCUUUGGUUCGGCUUCGGCUUCCUCUGUUUCUUAUCUUCUUGCUUUACUAAUGGUCUGAACUUGAGCGUAUUCUCCGUCGUGUCACAUCUAGCAAUUCUAUAUCUGGGUGUUUCUUUCAUCUCAAACUCUAUCUGUCAAAGGAACCAGAUAAAAAAGAAGAGUGAAGAGAAGCUGAAAGAAGAUGACAUUUUACGUCUCGCAAAAUUGAUUCUUCCCGCUUUAAAUCUUGCAAUUUCAAAGAUACGAGAGCUUUUCUCAGGGGAACCAUCCAUGACCCUGAAGGUAGUUCCUUUCCUUCUUCUAGGAGCAGAGUAUGGCCACCUUAUUACACUUUGGAGGUUGUGUGCCAUCGGAUUUUUUGUCAGCUUCAGUGUCCCAAAGCUUUAUUCUUGCUACUCUGCUCAGAUGAGCCACAGAGCUGAAUGCUUCAAAUUGCGGUUGAUGGACACGUGGAAUGGUUGCACUCACAAGAAGUUAGUGGUAGUAUCGGUUGUCACAGUCUUCUGGAAUCUAUCAUGUAUAAAGACCCGAAUCCUCACAGCAUUUAUAGGGCUCGUAAUAUUUAGAUAUUUUCGGCAACAUGCAAUGCAAGAAGUAGAAGAUGGGGAAGAAGUGGGAGAGAAGGAACAGCAGCAAGCGCUUGCGGCGGCAGAAACAGAGGAAAAGGAACAGCAGCAAGCGCUGGUGGUGGUAGAAACAGAGGAAAAGGAAAAGGAGCAGCAAGAGUUGGUUGUGGCAGAAACUGAGGAAAAGGAAAAGAAACAGCAGCAAUAAGUCUUUUGCUGCCAAUAUUAGCACUUAGCCAUAUGUUGACACUUAACACAUCAAUAAGUAUAUUACUGAUGAUAUAUAUGGAACCCUUCUUAGUAAUUUGGUGAAGAGGUUGAAUGUGCUUUGGCCUAUGUUCAAUAUUUUUCCGCCAUAUAUGAUCAAGAAGUAUAAUUUAGUAAUAUGAUCAUAGAUGUGCACAAAUAUUUCAACUAUGCAAGGAAAAAAUCUUAAUAUA